GAAAAGGUGAAUCCUAUAUUCUCUCCUGUCCACAGUUCGUUAGGCAGGCUUCGUGUGUUCGUUACUUCGUUCUUUUCAGUUCAACGUCAAUUACGAGCGACAAUGCAUGAUAUUCCCCCCAAAAUUUAUCUUCUAUGGCUUCCGGAUCGAAAUGCAACAAGGUAGGGAACACCGGCGGUUCGUCGGAGAACGGCGCCGACUUCAGAGGUGGCAGCGGGAACGCCCCUUUUGAGUACUCCGGCUGGGUGUAUCAUCUCGGGGUUAAUUCAAUUGGUCAUGAGUAUUUCCGCCACCGGUUCCUUAUCAUCCGCGGCAUGUUCGUCCAAAUGUAUAAGCGUGAUCCCCGUGAAUAUCCCCGCGCUAGGCCCGUUAGGAGGGGAGUUAUUGGUAACUCAUUUGUGGUGGAGGGAUUAGGCCAUAGAAGAGUUAAUCACGGGGAUGUAUAUGUUGUGAGAUUUUACAACAGAUCGGAUGAGACAAAAAAGGGAGAAAUUGCUUGUGCUACUGCUGCAGAGGCUGAAAAAUGGAUGGAUGCCUUCGAUCAUGCAAAGAAACAGGUGGAGGUUGGGUUUUCAAGUGGUGAUGCUGCAAUACAUAAGCUCAGCACCGAGAACGAGAUUAACCGAGAAGGACAUCGACCGAAGGUGCGGCGGUAUGCAAAUGGAUUGAAAGAGCUAAUAAAAAGAGGACAAGGGACAGAAAAACUUCUACGGCUAUCAUCAACCUUAUGCGCUGACAGCAUACCAGAGCUAUACUAUGAAGCACAUGGUGGUGAUGCUACUGAAGCCCGUGAAUGGAAAUGUAUCCGCACGAUAAAUGGUGUUCGAAUAUUUGAAGAUAUGACGGAAGUAAAGAGCUGUAAAGUUGUGCUCGUCAAGGCUGUUGGCGUUGUUGAAGCAAGUGCAAACACUAUUUUUGAGAUAGUGCUAAAUCUUGAUCGACAUCAAAGAUACGAGUGGGAUACAUUGACAGGAGACCUGGAGUUGGUUGCUUCCUUGAGUGGACAUCAUGAUGUUGUUUAUGGGACGUUUGAGCCAAGGCACCUGACAUGGUGGCACUCUAAGAGAGAUUUUGUCUUUUCCCGGCAAUGGUGGCAAGGUCAAGAUGGAACUUAUAUAAUCUUGCAGUUUCCAGCUGUUCAUAAGAAUUGGGCUCCAAAAUCUGGAUACCGUCGCACAAAAAUAAACUCUUCCUCAUGGGAGAUUAGGAAUAUAAGCACAUCAUCAAAUUCUGCAAAAUGUCUUGUGACCCUAAUGGUGGAGAUUCGCUCUAAAAACUGGUUCAAGUGGAAGAAGAACGACUUCUCUGAAUUUGAGAAGACUAUUCCAUUUGGACUGCUAAGUCAAGUGGCAGGUCUGAAAGAAUAUAUUGGAGCAAACCCAACACGCCCGUUCAAGUCAUCCGGUGUAAGCUUUAACUCAAAAAAAUCUGAUGCUUAUGCACACAAUAAUGUACUUGAGGGCACAGAAGGGGUGGAUUUGUUUUACGAUGCAAUAGCCUCUGAUUCGUCAUCAUCUGAUGAAGAUAGUGAUGAUGAAGUGGAACCCAUUAAUAAGGAAAAAGUAGUUAAAACAAAGAAGGUUUCAUGGGCAACAGCAAGAUUAGCACUAAAUCGAGCUUCAGCAAAAGAUAUUGGCAAGGAGUUCAGUACAAAUUCAACUUUAUCUCUCAGUCCACGUUAUUUUUAUGGUACUAUGAAGCAAGGGAAAGAUGUGAAUGACCUGAGCUGCUGGAACUCUCCUGGGGGUUUGGGAUUCAUGAUAAGAGGAGAGUCAUACUUAAGAGAUAAUAGAAAGGUCAAGGGUGGAGAUCCACUGUUCAAUCUCAUUGCAGUUGAUUGGUACAAGGUGGAACAUUGUAUCACGAAGGUUGCAUUGCACCCCAAGUGUCUUGUUCAGUCUGAAGCAGGGAAAAAAAUUCCAUUCAUCCUUGUAAUUAACCUUAUGGUUCCAGCCAAACCAAAUUACAGCCUGAUUCUUUAUUUUGCCACUAAUAAGCCCAUCAUAAAGGAUUCAUUGUUGGGUAGAUUCUUUGAUGGUACCGAUAUGUUUCGUGAUUCAAGGUUCAAACUUAUCCCAAGCAUCAUUGAGGGACACUGGAUGGUCAAACGUGCAGUUGGGACUAAGGCUUGCCUGUUGGGCAAAGCAGUAGCAUGCAAAUAUCUUUGCCAGGACAAUUUUCUGGAGAUUGAUGUAGACAUUGGCUCAUCCUCUGUUGCAAGGAGUGUCAUGGGGCUUGUACUUGGAUAUGCAUCUAGCCUUGUUGUUGACCUUGCAAUUCUACUAGAGGCAAAAGAAGAAUCAGAACUUCCGGAGCAAAUUCUUGGAACUGUUAGACUUAAUCGCGUCACAGUUGAUUCUGCUGUUCAGUUGGAGGUUUAAAUAUUCAUUUGCAAAAAUUAUAUCUCCACAUGUAUCAUCCGAGAGAGUGCUACAUAAUGAGACUAUUUUUGUAACUGUAUAUAAAUAGAAAUAGUUUGUACAUAUCAAUAAUUUUGGUUUCUUUAUUGAUGCUGCCAUUGAUGUCAAGAGAAGAAAGCUGACAUUUUGCUGUCCUCAAGAGGGGGAAAUGAGAAUGUGGUGGCACUUGACUUGGGGUUCUCUGUUUUUUCAGAGGCUCAAAAGAUUAGUGCAAUAUGCUAAACGGCCAAUUGUUUUUGCUUCCAACAUUCACUUUUGGUCCCUAAGCCACAUUUCAGUCCUUCAUCAGUCAUUAUGACUCGUUAAUUAGUAAUCAGGCAUCAUUCAAUAAGUAUGUGAUAUAUAUCAGGUGUCUCAUAUUAUAUGCCCGAAGACGCAUUUAAAAACUUUGAUUUUUGUCGUGAACUUGCGAGUUGUAAUGGAGAAUAACUUUUCACAUUUUAGUUGCAAACUGGCCCGAGUUUGGGUGCUUCGUUGCUU